AAAUAAUUUUGUUACUGUUUUAUUCAAUUUCAGUUGGCAACGAUGUGGAGUUUGUAAUAAGGUUAGUUAUCUCCGGAGUUAAUCUUGGGAUCUGAGUGUUUACAUUAAAGAAGAAUAAUUGUAAUGAUAAGAAGUGCUGUUCAGAUCUUAGAACAGAGCAACUGCUUGCCAUUUACGAAUAACUUCAGCUGGCUUCAAAAUGUGGCGCCGGCAUUUUCAAUGCAUGGUGAACAGGUCUCAAUUCUUCAUAAACCUGAAGAGUUUUAUCAGACAUUACUUGACAGAUGUAAGAAAGCUCAAAAGAGAAUAAUGUUAGCAUCUUUGUAUCUUGGAACUGGUCCCUUAGAGAAAGAAUUAGUCCAUGCUAUUGAGUCUCAGAUGGAUCAAAUAAAAAAUCUAAAAGUGAAUAUCCUUCUUGAUGCUAAUCGUGGAUCUCGUGGAAAGGAGAAUUCUCGAACCAUGCUUAUGCCUCUUGUUAAAAAUGAAGAACAAUGCAAGAUUUCUUUAUUUCAUACUCCAUCUCUCAGAGGACCUCUUAGAUAUUUAUUACCAUCUAGGUACAAUGAACUAGUUGGGUUGCAACACAUGAAAUUGUACCUAUUUGAUGAUUCAAUCAUAAUUAGCGGAGCUAAUUUGAGCGAAGAUUAUUUCACAAACCGACAGGAUAGGUAUAUUAUGAUCAACGGAUGCAAGGAUCUGGCUGAUUUUUAUUGGGACCUCAUUCAGCAUAUAUCAGAUGUUUCACUGGAGUUGGAUGGAUCAGAUAACCUUAAACCUAGAGCCUAUCACCCGUUUAAAUCAAGCAAAAGAACUUAUGUGGAUUUUGCUAGGUCUAAAAUUUUGGGAUAUUAUGAAAAUCACAUUUUGAAUAACCAAAGUUCACAAAAUGGAAAAGACAAAAGUCAUGAUACUUUGAUAUUCCCUCUUCUCGAGUUGCCCCCGCUUGGAGUUCAUCAAGACAGUCAUGUUACUGAAAGGUUACUAGAGGCUGCCGAAGAAGGCUCCAAAGUCACUAUUUCAACUGGUUAUUUUAACUUGACAGACCAAUAUGCCAGUUCGAUUUUAUAUAGAUCGCAGGCUUAUUAUAGAAUACUGAUGGCUCAUCCAUCGGCAAAUGGUUUCCUCAAAGCUGGAGGUUUAGCUGGUGGCAUUCCCAGUGCAUAUACUGGUUUGGCCUUGAGAUUUUUCCGGGAUAUUGUAUCAACUAAUGCCAGUAAAAGAGUAUUAAUGCUUGAAUAUGCACGUCCUGGAUGGACAUUCCAUGCCAAAGGUCUGUGGUACACACCUGUUGGAGAAUCUAGCCCUAUACUCACAUUAGUUGGAUCAUCUAAUUUUGGUUCAAGAUCUGUGAGAAGAGAUUUAGAAAUGCAAGCUGCCAUACUCACAAUAAAUCAUGGCUUAAGGAAGAGAUUAGCUGAUGAAGAGGCAAGCCUGACCGAUCUUUCCAGUCCGUUCAAUGAGAAGGUUGCGUCGGAUCCCGACAGAAAACCAGCUCUGUGGGUCAGAACUACUAUGAAGCUGUUUAAAACUUUUUUUUAAUUUUUCCUAUCAAUCUUCUAGUCAAGCGCGCAAAACCAAUUAGUGUUUUAUGUAAUUAGGAAAAAAUUGUUACUUAUGCUGUUACCAUAUUUAUAUCGUUAAAGUAUAUAAAAAAAAAAAAAAUCAAACCUGCAGUUGAAUAUUUAUUGUUAGGAUAAAAAAUGUCAUAGUAUUAUUGAAGUCUAUUAGUUCAUCGCCUAUAUUUAAAUGUAAUCAAUGUAAACUUUGUGACAAAGAUAUUGUUAUAUUUUAUUUGCAGAACAAAUAUUAUGAUCCCAAUUUUUUUUUUUUAAAUGUGUGUUUAAUGGAAGGUUAUAUAAUUGAAAAGUUAUUGUGUGAAUGUAUGAUUAUAAAUUAAAAUUAUUUAUGAAGCUUUCUGAUUUAAUUUGGUUAAUUUAUUAGAUCUGUUGUGAUUUAUUUUAUAAUUAAAAAAACUUCUUGUACACGUAUGCUUAUCAUAAUUACGACAUUUAACAGAAGGAAAUCAAACCACAAUAUAAGCAAAAAUAACUAAGAGUAAGAGGCAGUUUUGAAUUGUAUACUUGUAUGAUGUUUCAAUUUUUAUUAGACUAUAAAAGUUUCAAAUUUUUCUUAUGCAUAUUUGCAAAGAUAAUUAUCAUUAAAAAAGAGUGGUGGGGACGCAGCUUUGUCAUGAGAGUGGAGACUGGGCUACAUAAUGAAUACCCUGCCUGUACCUGUCACGUCAUUGGGUGUCUUAAAACUUAUACCUUAAAACAGUGUUUCCAGCAUUAAAACCUCUAUCCAAGACAUAUCUUUCCUUUUUUUCUCUCACUCUGUCUUCUAUUAAUAGAAAUAUUUAUUUUAAAAUAUUAGCUUCCAUAAAUGUAUGUUUAUAAGAGAGCUAAGAGCAUCUAAUAGCACUGUGUUCGGCGACCAUAUAUAUCAUGCGUGGGUGGACUCAGGCCAUACUCCCAGUCUCCCCCACACCUCUUAAGGCCCACUGUGAUUUCAAGUUUUUUUGAUAAAUAUUAAUGUUGUUAUUUAAAAAUUACAAUAGUAACCUUACGUUAUAGUACUAAUCUCAGUACUAACGUUCAUUGACAGUUGAAUUCUAUUGCAGCUAACAUUUUUUCAUCCAAUUUCCCAAUUAGAUUAGCCCUUUUACUAUUUUCAACAAAAAAGAACUGUCUCUUGAUUCUGCCAUAUUUCAUAGAAAAUUGAAUUGGAAAUACAAUUUUGUUUUUUUUCUUUAAUUAAUAAAAAAAUCAAACCAGUAUAAUGUUAAUUUUUAAUCAAUCUAUUGUUGCAAUAGCAAUAUUUUGGUUCAGGUAUAAACUAGAAUAACAUUAGUUUCUUAGAAUAAAUGAAAUUACCUUAUUUGAAACUUCCAGAUUUCCAAAGCCAUUUAACUUUUACUUGAGUUUACUCAAAACAUAUGUAUCAGUUUUCUUUUGCUAAAUGUUGUACAUCUGACCUGUAGUCAGUUUAGAGGUUGUUUUUAUUUAUUUUCAUUGGAUUCUGGUGCAGUUCUUGUAAAAAUAACAGAUUUUUUCCAAAAAUCUUUCUAAAAUUGAGUUUAGAUCCAGAAUGAUUCGAGUGAAUGUAAUACGUACUUUUUACAAAAAUAAAGGUAUUAUUUGGUUGUGAUAUUGAGAUAUUUGUUUACUGACAUUAUCUUAUUCUUUGUUAGCUAUCCGAUAUGUCUCAAUUAUUAACUGCUUAUUUGCUUAAAUUAAUAUUAUUAUUGACGAUUGUUUGUGAUGAGUCUAUAAAUUUAUAGAAAUACCACAUAUAGUAAACAGUUUCUAUUUUGUACCUGAAUUUCUUUUUAGUAUCAUGAUAUAUUGUGUGGCGUUAAGUACAAAUGUUCAGUUUAAGUAAUAUAUUGCUACUGUUAGUAUUUUACAGAAUAGCAUAAAAACUAAUUAUUCUUCAGUCUGCAACUGCUAUAAGUAGUCAGCUACUGUGGAAAAUAGUAGAGGGAAAUUAAAUAUGAAAUAUACUGAUAAAUCAUAAAUAAAUUAUCAGUUUUUAUGCUCUCCUGUAAAAUGCAAUUUUUAUAUAAGACCUUUUGCACUAACAUUAGUGAUAUGCUUCUUAGUUUCUAUUCUCAACAAAUAUUGUUUGAUUUUUAUUCCAGGUCCAUGAAAAUAUCAUAACAUGUUUUUCUAAUGCAAUUAAAUUUAAGUUUUCUUGACAAUAAUUGCUCUUGAAUGUGAAAUAUUUUUCAACUCAAAGAAGUAUAUAAUAUGUAAACCCAUCACUCUGUGAUCAAAUUAUUUGACUACUAUUUAUAUUACAUUUUAAAAAUUAGUAUUUUUAAGUAAAUGACAGAUUAUUAAAUAUAUUAUUUAAUUUAACAAAAUAUUACUAGUUUUCCUUGUGCAAUAGAUUUCUCCUUAUGUUAACUUUUAUUAUGAUAUUUAGUAAUUUUAAAAUUAUUGACUUCCAUAAGGAUAUUAGCUACUGUGAAUUAUAAUUAACAAGUUUUUUUUCACUUGUUACUGUGUUACUUGGAUUUUAGUGAACAAAAAGUAUUAAAUCAUCAAGAGUCUAUUUAAAUUAUUAUAGAAUAGAGAAAUAUUUAUUGAAUUCAUGUUAGUUUUGUGAAGUUGAUACCCAUUUUAGCUACCUAAUAUAAUCAUCUUUAUCUUCCCAUAAAUCAAAUUUUAAGGGAUUCAGAAAUCCCUUUGAAGUUAUGUAUAUUUUGAGUUAAAAUCAGUUUUGAUGAAUAAAUAUUAGGCUUUCGAUAUUUUGAGUUGAAUAUUCAGUAAAUGUUUAUGUUCCAAAUAUAGGGGCUUGAAUGAAAUCUUACUGAUGUAAAAGCCUCAGACUCUCCUGUAUGUGUAAUAUUUUUGCCUUCCAAAUUUAUUAUAAUGUUUUCAUAUUCUUUUGAACUUUUGUUUAUGAGGCUUUGAAAUGGGAUUGGGAAAUAAAUCCAGCCUAUUCUAGAUUGGACACUAUUUCAUAUGUGAAUAGAUGAAAAAUUAGUGUUAUUAUGUUUGGUAAUCAUUAACAAAAUAGGUACUAAUAAUAAUAAUUGUGUUAGUUAUUUUAUAGUGUAGUCGAGAUUAGAUUUUCCACAUGUUCAGAUCACAACAGUUGUGAUUGCUUAGUGUGUUGAAACAUCAGGUGUACUCAUAGAAAUAAAUUAUUAUUCAAUAUUCAAAGAAUAUUUUAUACCUAACUGUAAUCAGUUAAUAUAUAUUUUUCAAUUUUAGGAUUAGCUUAAAAGAUUAAAAUAAAAUUUGUUUUAAAUAAUUACCUCACCUAAAACUUUCAACAGUAAAUGGGUUAGUAGCCCCAUUUUUUCAAUGAAAUAUUUAAUAUUUCAAUUCUUAACAUUUAUAUAAUUUGUUUUAAUUUUAAUAAGGCAAUGGGUCAAUUAUUUAUAUAUUUAUUAAAGAUUUUUAUGUUAACAAUGAUUUAUUUUAAUUAAAACAAUUGCAAUGUUCAAAUAGAGUUCAUUAUUUAAAAAUUGU